UGGCAACAAUGAUUGAACAAAGUGGGCAGACAAGCAAACCCUUGACGUCACGAACGAAGUCGACAUCCUCAGAAUAAUGGCGGACAUAGAUCUAAACAUUGACAGCUUGAUUCAAAGACUAUUGGAAGUAAGGGGAUGUCGUCCUGGCAAAUCCGUACAGAUGACUGAAGCAGAGGUGAGAGGCCUGUGCUUGAAGUCAAGAGAAAUCUUUUUGCAACAACCAAUCCUACUUGAACUGGAAGCACCAUUGAAGAUUUGCGGAGACAUCCAUGGACAAUAUACAGAUCUGCUAAGAUUGUUCGAGUAUGGUGGAUUCCCACCAGAAGCCAACUACCUAUUCCUUGGCGACUAUGUUGAUAGAGGCAAACAAUCUCUGGAAACAAUCUGCUUGCUGUUGGCUUACAAGAUCAAAUACCCAGAGAACUUUUUUCUGCUGAGAGGGAACCACGAAUGUGCCAGCAUCAACAGGAUUUAUGGUUUCUAUGAUGAAUGUAAAAGGAGGUACAAUAUCAAGCUAUGGAAAACAUUCACAGACUGCUUCAACUGCUUGCCAAUUGCAGCUAUCAUAGACGAGAAGAUUUUCUGCUGCCACGGAGGGUUGAGUCCAGAUCUGCAAGGGAUGGAACAAAUCAGACGCAUCAUGAGGCCCACUGACGUGCCAGAUACAGGGUUGCUGUGUGAUCUUCUGUGGUCUGACCCUGACAAAGAUGUCCACGGCUGGGGAGAGAAUGACCGUGGAGUCAGCUUCACCUUUGGAGCAGAUGUUGUUAGCAAAUUUUUAAACCGACACGACCUUGAUCUCAUCUGCAGAGCACAUCAGGUUGUUGAAGAUGGCUAUGAAUUCUUCGCUAAAAGACAGUUGGUUACCCUGUUCUCAGCACCCAACUAUUGUGGUGAAUUUGACAAUGCAGGUGGCAUGAUGUCUGUUGAUGAAACUCUCAUGUGUUCCUUUCAGAUUUUGAAACCAUCCGAGAAGAAAGCCAAGUAUCAGUAUCAAGGUAUCAACUCUGGUCGCCCAUCGACUCCUCAACGUAACCCUAUAAAGAAAAAAUAAACCAAGUUUUGGAAACACUUGUUCACAGGGAAGUCAUAGGAGGCAGUGACUCUUACCAGAAGAAAGUUUAUUUUUACUUACUUUACAAUUUUAAAUGUUUUAAAUAGUUUUUUAUUUGUUUAAAAUACACACCAACGUCAUUUAACAAGUAUUUUAGUUAAUAAAAUGAGGAAACUAGUUUAAUGAUUGUAUUUUACUUCUUCCUAUGUACGUUUAUUACUUGCCUUAUAUCCAGUGCAGGAACUGAAAUGUUUCUUCCUAUCAAUUCACAUACAGUACUUUGUAGAAUAUUUAAAAAACAGAUAUCUAUUUCCUGCUUAAAUGCGUAUAAAGAUUUCAUAGUAUUUCUCUUAUUAAAACUACCUUACUAGUAAAUUUGAAUCAUUAUAGUUCCUUGAAAAAUUAAGGUUUAUAAGGCAAGCAAUAAUAAUGUUGUAUACAAAUAAACUUUAAUAAAUCACUUUAGAAUGUUUUUGAUGCCAUUUUUCUUAAGUUCUGUUAGUUGGUCAUAAUUAUUAUCAUAAUAUAUUUCCUUCUGUAUUGUACAUUAUUAAUGUGUUUUUGUGAUGUGUUAAGCAGUGUAACUACCAGUCCUAAUCUGCUUAAAGUCCCUGUCUUAGGUGUUAACAAAUUUUGUAUAUCUAAAUUGAGCAAGUAGCCAAAGUGGGCACUUUCGGUGUAUAGCCUUAGCCUGAACCAUUAUUUCAUUGUACAUACAGUAAAAUAUAGAAUGUCUUAUAGCAAAGACCAGAAUUGUAAAUUAGUGGUAUAUAUAUUUUUCUUAUUAAGAAAUUAUUAUUUAAAAAUCUUUAUGAUGUUUAAUUAAUAUUAAUCUAUAUUUUAUUAUGGAAGUGAUCCCUCCAUAGAAUGCUACCAUUCGACCGACCAUAACUUUCCAAUAUAACAUGGUGUAUGAUCAUUUUCUCUUUUGCCAUUGACAUUCCAUACUACAACAGUUUUAAAAUUUUCAUUAUUAAAAUCUAAUUAUGCAACAAUAAAAACAUUUUACAUUUCUUUUUAAUCAGUAAUAUAUAACCCAGAGGAGUUACAUACAUUUAUGUAUUAAUAUUUUUAUUAUUAUAAUUUAAAUACCCUCUUUUUCCAGCUUGUUGUCACUAGUUUUAAAAUACUGUUCUCAUUAUGUUCCAAUUUUUUCUAAAGUACAGUAAUUAGAAUUUUACAAUUUUCUAUGAUUAUGGUAAAAGUUUUUAACUCAACACUGCUUUAAUAAAAGUUUUGUUUGACCUUAAUCGCAUUAUUUUUGCCUUCAAUUUAAUUCUUACAUUGGUUUCAAAAUUUGUCUCUCAGGUACAGUGUGUGCGAUAAUGUCUAUUGUUUUACAAGAUGUUUUUGAAUUAAUAUAUUGCUUUUGACCAAAAAAAUAUAAUUUUAUUGCUAUUUAUUCCACAAGUUCGUCAUUUUUAGUGAUUAAUUAAUUGUGAUUUUAAGAACGCAUUUAAUUAGUUUCACUAGUUGAGUGAGUAUUGUUAUAGUUCCCCUAAGUAUAGUUAAAUAACAAUUAUUGACAAUAGGAUAAUUGUUUGCAUUGCCCCUUUGGGCUGUGUUCACAAAUUCCACUUGUUUUGAUGCAAUUUUAGUAAAUUUAUUUUUGUUUAAAUAAAUUUUGUUGCAGUAUAAGUUUUUACAAAAAGUUGCAAAAGAGAGAUGUGCAUUUCUAAGUGCUAUUUAUCAAUGGGAAUAGUUUAGCAUAUUUUAAUAUGUAAAAUUAACCUUUAAAAUUCCAUAUAUAUCAAAUCACAGUUUUAAAAUAAUUAAGAAUUUCAUUAAUUUACAUUGCAAAUGAUAUAUCAUAUCCUGUCAUAAGAAGACUGACAAAUUAUCCACUUCUCAGAUACAUCUAAUCAUCUUCAUUUUAUUUAAUUUCCAUUCAUAACUAUCAUAAGAUAUUGUCAGUCCAAAAUAGAUGAAGAAAAAUGUAUUUUUUAAUUUAAUCUCACACUGUUAUAUGUUGUUAAUAAUAUAGGUGUAAGUAGCUGUUAACUUUUUGUUUGCUAUGAAUAAAAUGCCGACAAUCGCAAAUGUCUCAAACUAUGGUUGUCUUUAUUUUUCUGGAUUUAAAUGGUUGUUUAUGUAAGUUGUAAAUAUUUAUAUUAAAACUCAAGAAUUUAAGAAACUA